GUACCUUAGCUAAGGUUAGGUACUUACACAUACUGGUCUUCGAAUUGUCGAACAAAACCUUAAUUCCCUACGAAAUAAAUACAUAGUACAUCUUCACCAUCACUUGUUACAACAACUUCACCACCACACUCUUUUUUUUUCUACCGUCGUAACGACAACCCACCCCCACCCCCCACCGCCUCGUAACCAUGACCGACGAGAUCCGCCAGACACCUGUCCCCGUCCCUCAUGUCUACGGGCAACCGGCCGCUUCGCCAGCGCUAGCGGGCCAACAGGCAACUGAGACGAUAACAACGACAACGGCGACACCACCAACGGCAACAGGCGACACGCCAGCUCCCACCAUUGAACAAGCCGCAGCGUCUCCAGCUCCCACCACAACCGAACCCGCUGCUACUACCACCACCACUUUUAACAAUAACAACAACAACAACGCGCCGAGCCCCAGCCCAGCUGCCGCCGCAUCUGCUCCCGCUCGCACCGGCACCCCUCUCCGCACCACCAACGCCAACGCCAACGGCAACCAACCGCAGGACACCAGCUCCUCUCGCGCCGCCUCCCAGCACCCGGACCCGGGCUUCACCAUGCCGUCCGAGGCGCCCCCCCACGGCGCCCCCGUCCGCCAGUACCUCAACUCCAAGGUCACGGGGCCCUUGCUCGACGGCAUGAAGAUGAUCGCCAAGGAGCAGCCGAAAGAUCCCCUCCGCGCUCUGGGCGAGUACCUACUUCAGCGCUCCAAGGAGCUCGAGUCGACGUCAUGAGGACCGUCAAGUCGAACUAGGUUAGGCCGCACAACCACUCAGCCAGCCAGACAUAAAUAGGCAAGCAGGCAGACAGGAAAGCAAGCAUCAGGAACGGAGUUAUGGCGCGGAAGGGCGGGUAGGGCACAAAAAUAAAUCGAUUCUGCAUUGCAGAUUACUAGGCAUUAUUGACUUUUUUCGCGUCUUUUCACAAUGAUAUCAUUGCUUUAGGAACGAACCCACGUUAUUACUAGGUACCUAGGUUAGGUACUGUCGAGGGAGGCUACGCUCCUGUUGAAUUGUUAGGGCAACUAGAGGAGGAGGACUCAGGAUUCACUGAAAGCCUUUUUUAAGGGCCAAAGCAAAUAAUAAUAACGAUAACAGUACUGUUCUUCGCGAGA